AUGCCGCUACGUCGUCCAGGUCUGCGGGCUCGGCGAGGAUCUAGGCUCGUUCAGUCGUUGCUCACUUACCUGAAUCAAUCGUAUGCCAGAACACAUGGCAAAGAGUCCACUCAGGAUUUCGGCCUCCGAUACUUCAGGCAGUAUCUUAUGCUUGAUUCGUCCAUACAGCGCGCUCUCUCUGCCUCGAUAAAGCGCUGGAUAGCCGAAGAGAGGGGCACCAAGGACAAUGUCCCCCAUGCUCAACGUCCUGUAUUUGUUGCGCUCUUCAAGCAUCUCCAAGCGCACGGACUAUACCCUGACUAUGAAGAGGAGUACUGCGCACUCACUCGCGAAUACUACACUGCGGAGUCGGAGCGGCUCGCUAAGGAACUAGACGCGCGUGCUUUCCUUGAGCAUGUCUUGCACCGUAUUGAGGUCGAGGUGGACCGUGCUCGAGCCGUGUUGUCUGUUGGAAGUUGGGCCAUUGUUAGAAGAGCCACUGAGGAAUCACUCUGCAAGGGUCGACUGCAAUGGAUUGCCGCGUAUGCUUUGGGAGUGCUGGUGGACCGCGACGAGAAGGACAAGCUCAAAGAGGUUUACGAGCUGUUUUCGCGGGUCGACGGAUUGCCGAAGCUUAAUGAAGUUUGGAAAGACUACGUCAAGGACAAGGUCACCGCCAUCGUUACUGACGUAGCAAACGACGACAAGAUGGUCGACCGCCUCCUGCAAUUCAAGAACCACGCGAAUCGCAUCGUAGAGGAAUGCUUCCUCACGCCGUAUCCCGAAGACAAGCUCGUGCCAGAAGCGAAUCCAGAAGACGAACACGAGGCAUCUGACAAGGAGGACGAGGCCUCAUCAUCUGUUAUACCGGCUCGCGCACCGAACCAGAGCUUCGUAUACGCUCUGACGGAUGCUUUUGGCAAAGGCUUCCAAGCCAGAAAGAUCAAGCCGGCCGAGAUGAUAGCACGGUAUCUGGACUCUACACUACGGAAGGGUCAGAAGGGGAAAAGUGACAAGGAAUUCGAAGCCGGCCUUGACGCUGCUUUGAGCCUAUACAAGUAUACGGAUGACAAGGAUGUUUUCCGUACCUUCUAUCACCGCGCAUUGGCGAAGCGCUUGCUGCUGCAGAAGAGCGCCAGCGAUGACUUCGAAAUCGCCAUGCUGAAGAAGCUGAAGGAGCACUAUGAUCCCGAGUUCGGCAUGGGCGAGGAAAUGUUCAAGGACCUUGCCUUGUCGCGCGACAUGAUGCUCGACUUUCACGACAAGUUGCCCGCGAACGAUCUCGCUCGCCGUCUUACCGUGAUGGUGUUGCAGCGUAGCGCCUGGCCGUUCACGGUGUCGAAGAGUACCAUUGACCUGCCGCCGAAGAUGCAAGACGCGCUGUCCGAGUUCACGAAGUACUACAAGGGCAAGCAUCAAGGUCGUGUACUUGACUGGGAUCACGCGCUGGGGACUGCGACCUUGACUGCGAGAUUUGACGCUGGGGAAAAGGAGCUGAGCGUCAGCCUGUAUCAGGCGGUCGUUCUCCUAAUGUUCGUUGACGUACCCAAGCGAACCUUCGCGGAGGUCAAGGAGCUGGCGGGCAAGCUAGACGAUGGGGACCUUCGACGAACGCUUCAGAGCCUUGCCUGCGGGAAGAAGCGUGUUCUACUCAAGGUCCCUCCAGGCAAGGACGUCCACAACGGCGACGUCUUCCAAUUCAACGCAGAAUUCACGGACAGCCAGCGUAGAGUGCAUAUCAACUCCAUUCAGGCGAAGGUUUCUGCGGAGGAAUCACAGAAGACGCAGUACACCAUUGAAGGAGAGCGCAAGCACAUCCUGGACGCGGCAAUCGUGCGCAUCAUGAAGGGCAAGAAGGAGUUGACUCUGCAGGAGCUGCAAAGUUCGGUUAUCGCCGCGGUCGCCAAGCACUUCAUACCGGAUGUCAAGAAGGUGAAAGGGCGCAUUGAGGCCAUGGUCGAACAGGAGUACAUCGAGCGCGUUCCGGAAAAGCAGAACACCUUCAGGUAUGUUGCCUGA